ACGAUGGUAUCGGAAAGCCAGCGAAAGAAAUAUGAUGAAUAUAAGAGUACACUGGAUGCAGACGCGCUGGAAACGGCUAGAUUAGAGCUUCGUGAGGAUGACAAUACGAGAGACCAAGCGCUGGAGCAAUUUCGUCAUUGGAUCGAGAAACAUCCUAUGAUUAAGAAGUGCAGAACCGAUUCGUUGUUCCUACUGAGAUUUCUUAGGACAAAGAAAUUUAGUUUGCCAAUGGCACAGGAGAUGCUGGAACAGUAUCUAACUAUCAGGCAACUUUAUCCCAACUGGUUCCAAAAUCUCGAUGUUGAUGACCCGGAACUUAUGGCCAUCAUUGAUAAUGGUUAUUUAGUACCAAUGCUAAAGCGAGAUCAGCGUGGCCGGAAAGUAAUAUUGUCAUGUGCAGGACGUUUCGACCCUAGUAAAUUCUCAGCGGCACAGAUGCUCCGGGUCCACAGUAUGGUGGUGGAGACCUUAAUGGAUGAUGAGAAAAGUCAAGUUCACGGCUAUACAUAUCUCAAUGACGAGGCGGGAUUGUCCAUGAGCCAUUUCAGCACGUUAUCCUUCAUGGACAUUCGUAAUAUAUUGAGGUGCAUACAGAACAGUACACCGAUGCGUCACAAGGAGACGCAUUUAAUCAAUGUACCCAGUAGCGUAGCGAAGAUCCUCGAAUUCGGCUUAUCUGUACUAAACGACAAGCUCAAGUCUCGCGUUAUGAUACAUAGAAACGUACAGGAACUAAAAGAAGCAGUGGACCCAAAGAUACUGCCGAAGGAAUAUGGCGGGGAAAUCUCGCUUUCGGAAAUGAUCGACGAAUUUAAGAAGGAACUAAAACAGAAGAAAGAUGAACUCAAGGCCCUCGAUGAUAUGUGUAUUGAAAUAUCACCGAAAUAUUAUCAAGAGGCUAAGGAAGAAUUAAGCGGAAUAUGUGGUUCGUUCCGAAAGUUGGAGGUCGAUUAAAAGCGUGAAUCUGUUUCUUAGUACGAUUUUACAACUUUACUUUGUUAGCACCUUAUCUAAAUAA